AUGUUGUCAGCCUAUGGCUCGAAUCCUACUUCUCUAAAAGAUCGAACGGCUGAGUUUCAACAAUUGAUCGCUGCACAAACAUCCGUCAAUGGACAGCCAUCAUCACAAGGAGCAGCAGCAAAGACACCAAAAGGAGAAUUCGCACGAAGAGCGCAGGCGAUCGGAAAAGAUAUCAGUGAUACGACAGGCAAGCUAGGACGACUAGCACAACUGGCCAGAAGGAAGACACUAUUCGAUGACCGGCCUGUGGAGAUUAGCGAACUAACGUACAUCAUCAAACAUGAUAUUGCAGCCAUCAAUAAGCAAUUGUCUGACCUGCAAUCGUUCAAUAAACAGCAAAAGCUGCAAGCCGGAGGUGGAAAAGGGAAAGGAGCAGAAAAGGCUGAUGAACAUCGUGGAAAUGUGGUAACACUACUGCAGACCAAGCUUGCAAAUGCAACGACCAGCUUUCAGGAUAUCCUUGAAGUUCGAACACAGAACAUGAAAGCGUCACGAGACCGUACAGAGCAAUUCGCAUACAAUGGAGCACCGAACGGCCAACUUGGAACUAACUCAGUAUUGCGAUCUCGUAAUCCUGUUCCCCCUUCACGACCAGAUUCGCCGCUUUACAAUCCGAACCGAGCAGGACCUGCAGGCACAGCUGUUGCCCAUCGAACACAGCCCGGCGGAGCGACAGCAGGAGGAGGAGCGAAUGCAGUUGCACUGGAUGACGAUAAUGGCAAGAAUAAAGGAGGAGAAUUCUUGGCAUUGGAUAUGGGAGCAGCACCGACGAAUGGGAAUCAAUAUAUGCAAAUGCAACUUAUGGAUGGUGGACAAGAUUCGUAUAUGCAACAACGCUCUACUGCGAUUGAAUCUAUUGAAUCAACAAUCAGUGAACUGGGACAAAUCUUUGGACAACUUGCACACAUGGUUGCCGAACAACGUGAUACAGUUCAAAGGAUCGACAGUGACGUUUAUGAUGUUGCAGACAACGUAAGCGGUGCUCAAAGGGAAUUGCUUAAAUAUUAUGCGAGCGUGUCGAGUAAUCGUUGGCUAAUGUUGAAGAUCUUUGGGGUCUUGAUUGUCUUUUUCCUAAUCUUUAUCUUGGUAAGCUGA